AUGACUGGUCAAUCCACAUUACGAAUUUGCUCAAAAACUGCCAAGUCGCUCCGUGUCUUUUCCGAUACAAAUUUAAAUGAAUGGGAAAAACGGCUUUUAGCAAACCCGCCUAUUACUCUACACUUGCCAAUCGAUCAGUUGCUAAAACCAUCAUCCAAACACACUAAGAUACGGCAAGUCCCAAAUCAGUUUCUGCUAUACCGGAGAAACUUUUCGGCAUUUGCCAAAAGACACAACAAAACGUUUCAGGAAAUUUCUGUCGAAGCUACUCAAAACUGGUAUGCUGAACCCGAUAACGUUAGAGUUUAUUUUUACACGUUGUCCAGGAUUAUGAAAAAAAUAUACAUAACUGGAAAACAAUCAACCAGCUCCGUCGGUUCUUCCUUCGAAGUGUUUGAUGAUAGCUCAAAGGGGUUUCCAAGUAUGAAUCCGGAUGGCGUAAUAGUGCGUUCCGAUAAAAAACUUCCAGAGUAUAUGGAUCUUUGGCUUUACACCAUUGAUAAAGAAGCAAUCGAUGCGGAAAAUGCAGAUAACUCUG